CCUCGAGGUACACAUACAUGCAGAAAUCCUACUGCUCACCUCUCCGUUUUCCUUUCCUCCAUUCUCUUCAACAGUAGAUAUCAGCAAUGGCCGAACCACAGCCCUCUACCGUCCAAGAAGGCGCCACAGAUCCUCACGCCCCAACGGCCACAACCGAUGAUCGCAUAGCCGCCGCCGCACUCUCGACACUCGAUGCACAAGACGACAACGGUACUGGCAAGAAGGAGGUAGAUGGCAAGGCGCUGGACAAGGCUAUGAAGAACUUAAACGUCAAAAAUGCCAAGGCUGAAGAGAAGAAGAAUGUCAAGGUUGAGCCUGCUGAUGUCAACUUGCUGGUCAAGGAGCUUGAUUUGAGUAAGCAGAAAGCUACGGAUCUGUUGAAAACUUAUGAUGGGAGUGCGGUGAGAGCUAUGACUGCUUUUGUUACGGGAAAAGCCUGAAGCGCAAGACUUCCGAGAGACUGAACGCGGCCUCUGCAGGGACGUAGUCAGCACUGAACGUCACCUCUGGAGGUCUUCGAGACGGCAGUGUUGAUCACAGCUGGUGGAUGAGACAAGCAGCUGCAGCCUAUGGGGAAGACUUUGCAGCGACUGGAUAUACGAGUGCUUGUCCACUUCAAGCCUCGAUCCAACUCGCAAGCCUUAUUGAAGCUUUUCAACGUCAGACGGAACACACCAUGUCAGUGCGAUAGAUUGAUAUCAUUACACUUGUUC